CCGGGCGGUACAAUAGGGUUGGGCCGCGGCCGGGACUGGGCCGGCGCCGGGCAGGGAACAGGAUCGCGGCCGGAGCCGACAGACACUGGGCGGCCGGCGACUCCGAGCCCGCAGGCCGCCAGCCGAGCCAGCCCCGACCUACCCCGAAGCUACCCUCGCCUUCGAAUCGUUGCCCGCCGGGCCGGGCCGGGCGUGAUGCGCCGCGGGACCCCUACUCUGGCCGCUGGCCGCCGCCGCCGUCGCCGCUGAGACCCCCCAAGACCACCCCCACCCCACCCCCAGUGACGCCGCAGCCAUGGAGAGCGGCUCAAGUUCGGAACCGGGUGCCGGCGCAGCCCCAGCUGUGGCAGCCAGGACCCCUCCAGAGCCAAGACCUUCUCCAGAAGGUGACCCCUCCCCGCCGCCGCCACCACAGAUGUCAGCCCUGGUGCCCGACACUCCCCCAGACACCCCUCCCGCCAUGAAGAACACCGCUAGCCCAAAGCAGCUCCCACUGGAACCAGAGAGCCCUCCAGAGCUGGUAGGGCCUAGGCCAGCCCCCCAGCAGGAAGAGUCCCCUUUCUCAGAAGUGAAGGUCAGAGAACCCACCCCACCAGCCACAGGCCCACGGGAUGCCAGGCCUCCUCGAAGGAGCAGCCAGCCAUCCCCAACAGCAGUGCCAGCCUCCGACAGCCCUCCCGCCAAGCACGAUGUAAAGAAGGCAGGAGAGAGACACAAGCUGGCAAAGGAGCGGCGGGAAGAGCGGGCCAAGUACCUGGCGGCCAAGAAGGCGGUGUGGCUGGAGAAGGAGGAGAAGGCCAAGGCGCUGCGGGAGAAGCAGCUCCAGGAGCGCCGCAGGCGGCUGGAGGAGCAGCGGCUCAAAGCCGAGCAACGCCGGGCGGCCCUGGAGGAGCGGCAGCGGCAGAAACUGGAGAAGAACAAGGAGCGCUACGAAGCAGCCAUCCAGCGCUCAGUGAAGAAGACGUGGGCUGAAAUCCGGCAGCAGCGCUGGUCCUGGGCAGGGGCCCUGCACCACGGCUCCCCAGGACGUAAGACCAGUGGGAGCAGGUGCUCCGUGUCGGCAGUAAACCUGCCCAAACACGUGGACUCUAUAAUCAACAAGCGGCUCUCAAAGUCCUCUGCCACGCUCUGGAACUCCCCCAGUAGAAAUCGCAGCCUGCAGCUGAGCCCAUGGGAGAGCAGCAUCGUGGACCGUCUGAUGACGCCCACCCUCUCCUUCCUGGCACGGAGUCGCAGUGCCGUCACACUGCCCCGAAACGGCCGGGACCAGGGUAGGGGCCGCGGUCCCGGGAGAGCCCCGCCGAGGGGCGGGACAGGGGCCAGCCCCGCGAGUGGGCCGCGCCCCGACCGCACUCAUCCCUCCGCAGCCGUGCCCGUGUGCCCGCGCUCGGCCUCCGCCAGCCCCCUGACGCCGUGCAGCGCCCCGCGAAGCGGGCACCGCUGCGCCCCCGCCGGGGAGCGCCGCAAGGUCAACGCUGGGGGCAGCCCCGCCCCGGCCCGCCUCCGGCCCGAGGCCUCACCGGUGCAGAGAAAGGAGAAGAAGGACAAGGAGCGUGAAAACGAGAAGGAGAAGAGUGCCCUGGCCCGGGAGCGCAGCCUCAAGAAGCGCCAGUCUCUGCCUGCCUCUCCACGCCCGCGCCUCUCCGCUGGCAACGCGGAGUUUAGUCCCAAAUCCAAGGCCCGGCCAUCCUCUCCCUCCACAUCCUGGCACAGGCCUGCCUCUCCCUGCCUCAGCCCAGGGCCAGGUCAUGCUCUGCCCCCCAAACCACCAUCCCCCCGAGGCACCAUUGCAUCACCCAAGGGGCGGGUUCGGAGGAAGGAUGAGGCAAAGGAGAGCCCCAGUGUGGUGGGGCCUGAGGACAAGAACCAGAGCAAGGGCAAGGCCAGUGACGAGAAGGAGCCCGCAGCCCCAGCCUCACCAGCACCCUCGCCUGUGCCAUCACCCACGCCAGCCCAGCCCCAGAAGGAGCAGCCCACAGAGAUCCCUGCAGAUGGGCACGGAGAGAAGAGGCCAAAAGAUACAGCAGUCUUGACCUCACCCCCAGCCCCCGCUCCCCCGGUGACCCCUAGCAAACCCAUGGCUGGCACGACGGACCGAGAAGAGGCCACUCGGCUCCUGGCCGAGAAGCGGCGCCAGGCCCGGGAGCAGCGGGAGCGCGAGGAGCAGGAGCGGAGGCUGCAGGCGGAACGCGACAAGCGAAUGCGAGAGGAGCAGCUGGCUCGGGAGGCCGAGGCCCGGGCAGAGCGGGAGGCCGAGGCCCGGAGGCGGGAGGAGCAGGAGGCCCGGGAGAAGGCGCAGGCGGAGCAGGCGGAGCAGGAGCGGCUGCAGAAGCAGAAAGAGGAGGCCGAAGCUCGGUCCCGAGAAGAGGCGGAGCGGCAGCGUCUGGAGCGGGAAAAGCACUUCCAGCGGGAGGAGCAGGAGAGGCAAGAGCGGAAAAAGCGCCUGGAGGAAAUCAUGAAGAGGACUCGGAAGUCAGAAGCUGCUGAAACCAAGCAGAAGCAGGACAGAAAGGAGGCAAAGGCCAACAAUUCCAGCUCAGGGAUAGACCCUGUGAAAGCCGUGGAGGCUCGGCCCUCCGGGCUGCAAAAGGAGUCUGUGCAGAAAGAGGAGCUGGCCCCCCAGGAGCCUCAGUGGAGCCUGCCAAACAAGGAGUCAGCGGGGUCCCUGGUGAAUGGCCUGCAGCCUCUCCCAGCGCACCAGGAGAAUGGCUUCUCCCCGAAGGGACCCUCUGGGGACAAGAGUCUGGGCCGAACUCCAGAGGCACUCCUGCCCUUCGCAGAGGCAGAAGCCUUCCUCAAGAAAGCUGUGGUGCAGCCCCCGCAGGUCACAGAAGUCCUUUAAGGGGUUGCCUUGGAUCCAGGCACCGCUAUGAGGGCACCUCUGCAUCAUCUACCAGGAUGUCUGGAAGAGAAAGAGACAGAACAAAGCCGGAAGUGGCCUGGGCCCCUGGGGGUUGGGUCCUCUCUGUUAUUUUUAAUCUGCACCUUAUAGACUGAUGUCUCUUUGGCUGGAGCCAGACCCUGCCCCUCAGUGCAUUCGUGUGCUCACACGCGCGGACACCCCCGCAUACACACACAUACACUCACAGCCUCUCUGGCCUCCUCCCAUGGGGAAAGGCCACCUGUAGUAUUUGCCUUGGUUUGGUGGGGUACAGUGGAUGUGAAUACUGUAAAUAGCUUGUGCUCAGACUCCUCUGCGUGGAGGGGGCGGGUGCAGGAGGCAGACCCUCCCAAGACUCCCUAGGGAGAUCUUCCUCCCUCUAUUUAACUGUAACUGAGGGGGAACCCAGGUCUGGGGAUGGGGGGCACCUUGGGCCACAGGAUACUGGUUGCUUUAGGGGUACCGAUGCCCCCUGCCCUCGCCUGGAAUCAGUGUUAUUGCAUCUGAUCAAAUUUCUCCAGAAAUAAAGUGAGAAUAAUUCUGCCAG